AUGUCGGGGCUGGCCCUGAAGAUGUCUUGCUCUGCACCUCUCUUACUAGCUAUUUUGACAUUAUUUCUUAAGAGGUACUUCAGCAAGGAAGUUCAUGGCAGUGCUCAAAUAUCAGAGUCAGAUAUAGUUCAGACAUGUAGAAGAUCUUUGGAGGAGAGGCAGAGUUCAAAUGUUUGGCAGUUUCUGGAAGCAAUCAAUGGGAGACUUGACAUUAUAGAGGGAUUGAGAAAACUACAAUGUUGUUCUCUAAUUUUUGUUGGGGAUAACUCUCCAUUUCACUCAGAGGCUCUCCACAUGACUUCCAAUCUAGAUAGACGAUACAGUGCAUUAGUUGAGAUUUCGAUGCAGAUAAAGCUGAGGGUGAGCCUGAGGAUUCGUCUCCGCCCGAUGAGUGACAUGGGAUCACUUGUUAUUGUAUUUGGACUUGCAUCUUGA